CUUUUCCUUUGAAUGUACCAGUUUGAUCUGAUCGCUGAUAUCAACUAUGGCAGAAAAAAUUAUUUAUCAGAAACUUUUUGCGUUUUUAUCUCAUUUUAAACCAUAAUACCAUCUAACUUCAGAGAUAAUUCUACUUCUAAACAUUUUCACAUUUCAGAGAUAAUUCACACUAGUCUAAUUCAUAAAUAAUUCAUAAUGGCUGUCGAACCAACCGAGCAAUCUUUUGAAAGAACAGACACUUUUAUGGUCAGAGGCAUUCCAUUUGGCAGACAUUUUAAAAAAGAGACCAUAGAAGGUAUUUUUGAUUUCAUGCCAGAGGAUGACGACAUCAUCAUAGCCACUUAUCCCAAGACAGGCACGACUUGGAUGCAGUACAUCGUCCUGCAAAUACUGACCCGAUCAGAGAGCUUUCCGUCUUUCAGUGACAUGCUGGAAAAAGUCAUCCCCUUCCUCGAAAUAUCUGGAGUCGCUGCCGUUGAAGCAAUGACUACAAAACCUCGCGUUUACAAGCACCACUUGCCAUACAGCGCUGUCAAGAAAAAUCCAAAGACUAAAAUAAUUUAUGUUUAUCGCAAACCCGAUGAUACGCUGGUAUCUUUUUACCACAUGUUAAAAAGUAUGAACGAUAAGCUUGAUUUUGAUGAAAAUUUCAACAAUUUCAUGACUGGCACCAUCUCGUACGGGCGAUAUUUCGAACACAUUUUGUCCUACUUGGAACACAAGGAAGAUGGGAACAUUUUGCUUGUUUCGUACGAGGAGUUGCAAAUUCACAGGAAAGAACAAAUACUACGCAUCGCUAAGUUUUUGGGUGAAGAACAUCACGAUGCGUUAAUCAAUGAUGAGUCCAUUUUGAAUAAAAUAAUUGAAAAAACUAGUUUUGAUUACAUGAAGAAAAAUUUGAAACUUUCUGUUCCCCAAGAUCCGAAAGAAGAUUUAUUUUCCAAGAAAGACAUUCCUAAAAAAGACGUGAAUUUCUUCAGGAAAGGCAUCGUUGGAGAUGGGAAGAACACUUUGACAAAAGAACAGCUUGAUCAACUCAAAUCUGUUGCUGAGGAAGUAAUGAAAGGAACUGCAAUACUAGCAGAAUGGUAUAACCACUGAAUUUAAAGUGAAUUGUUUGUAAAAAAUUAUGUACUUUACAUUUUCCCUCGAUCUUUGUGUUAUGAUGUUGGAUUUAAUUUAAUAUUGAUAAAACUAGAGGUAUUAUUUGUAAAUUGGACGCACCAUUUUGAAAAUAAGCGACGGAAUUUAAAACAUUUUCGCAUAUUGUGACUACAAAGUGUGUCGAAUAAAUAGUUUGCAAAGAA